CCCUCCUCCUCCCCCAAGUCCUUACUCCUUAUUGUCUCUCUGACUAUCCUGAAUCUCUCUCGAAUCAUUCCCGAAAAUGGCAGCCAAACGGUUCUCACCCGAUGAUUCUGAUCCUGAACCAGACAACCGAAGCGACAAACGCAUGAGACCUUCUCGACCUUCUUUUGCUUCGAUAAUAGGAGAAGUGGUUAUGGUGAAGAACAUGCAGAACCUUUUCUCUUCCUUAGAGCCUUUGCUCAGACGAGUUGUGACUGAAGAGGUUGAACGAGCGAUGAGGCAUUGUGCUCCACGUUCGAUAACUCGAUCUCCUUCUCUGCGAAUCGAAGCAAUCGAUCAGACUCAAGCAUCGGGUUAUCAGCUAAUGUUCAGCAAGAAGCUUUCUCUCCCAAUAUUCACUGGAACAAGGAUUCUGGACAGUGAUGGGAAACCUAUCCAAGUCAUGCUUGUUGAGAAGAACGGUGACCAAUUGGUCCGAACCUGUCUCCCCCAACCCCUCAAGCUGGAGCUGGUGGUUCUCGACGGAGACUUCCCCGCCGGCGACAAGGACGCGUGGACCACCGAUGAGUUCGAUAGACACACAGUGAAGGAGAGAGCUGGGAAGCGACCCUUGCUCACCGGAGAGUUGAACCUUACCAUGAGGGAUGGGAUUGCACCGAUCGGUGACAUUGAGUUCACCGACAAUUCAAGCUGGAUUCGGAGCCGGAAAUUCCGUGUCGCCGUCAGAGUUGCUCCGGGGAGUAACCUUGGUGUUCGGAUUCGUGAGGGCAUGACGGAGGCCUUUGUCGUCAAGGAUCACCGUGGAGAAUUGUACAAGAAACAUCAUCCGCCAAUGUUGGACGACGAAGUGUGGCGUCUGGAGAAGAUCGGGAAAGAAGGAGCUUUCCACAAGAAGUUGUCGUCAGCGCAUAUCAAAACCGUACAAGACUUUCUGAAGCUGUUAAGUAUCGAUCCUCAGAAACUCAGAGGGAUUCUGGGGAUGGGGAUGUCCGAUAAAAUGUGGGAAGCGACAGUGAAGCACGCGAGGACAUGUGAAAUGGGGACCAAGCUCUACUUGUACCGUGGGCCCCACUUCGCCCUCUAUUUGACUCCAACCUGCCAGGUCGUCAAAGCUGAAAUGAGCGGCCACAUCUUCUGGGGCAAGGAUAUUACGGCUAACUUUAACAGGAACUACAUAGAGAAAUUGGUGAAGGAAGCAUACGCGAAGUGGAAUUGCUUGGAGGAAAUUGAUUCAUUUUUGGCGGCUAACAUUUCCACACUAACCCAAGGGGAGAACAUGGAGCAAAUGCCAAACAACAACAACAAUCUAGGAAUGACAUAUGAUCAUCAGGUGGGUUUCUUACAGGAAGGCUACGGAAUAGGAACAGAUAAUGUUCAAAUUGGAGGAAGCAGCGAGUGGCCGGCGAAUGCGACAUUCUCGGCAACAUCGUACGUAAAUGCUGCCAUGUCUUAUAACUUCUCAGAGACACAGUCAGAUGGCAAUAUAACACCGUCUGUUUCUCUCAUGGAUGGGGCUACAACUCCAAGGUGGCCUUGACCCCAAUUCUGUACAUAUUACAUAAACAUAGGACCUUACCACUUGCCAUCGCCAAAUGUUUUAGCCCUUCAAACACUGUUUCCUUAGCAUCUCGGUGUUUAGAUCGGGCUUUGUUAUGUUAGGUUGUAGGAAGUAAUUGUUAGGUUGGUGGUGGUAGGCCCAUUUUUAAGAAGAUGAUGGGCCGGGCCUGUCCUUCAAAAUGGUCAACCUUGCCCUUAAUGGGCCAGUGUUGCAGUGUUUUUCCAACUUUAAACAAAAUCACAAACACUAUGUCAUGUAACUAUACUUCUGCAACGUGUUGUUUCAUUUCUUUAUGGUCUUCA